UCCACUGUGCCUCUACACCCUCCUACUCUCUCUCUUUGCUUCUUAUAAAAAUCUCAUCUUUCUUCUUUCCACUGAAUUGGGUUCAUAAGUGCGUAAAAGUGUGAAUGGAAAGUCGGUCGAAGUCGAACAUGGAGUCAUCGAACAGGGGUGUGGCUCUGAGUGUGAGGGGUGGCAAUAAUGGGAAGAGACACGGUGCUGUUGCAGCCAACGUGGAACCUUUUGUGCCAAGGAGUGAGCACAACCCAAGAGAGUUACGGUCAUGGGCUAAGAGAACGGGUUUUGUGUCUGAUUACUCAGGGGAAGCAGGGACGAGUGGCAGUGAAAAGUUUGAACCUCUUGAGAGAAAAGGAGGAGGGUCUUCUCCGAAGAUAGAGAUAGAUCCGAUUCUGGGGAGGACAAGACCCAACAGGGGUAACGAGAUCGAACCAGCUUCUCAUGGAGGAGCCACGAGGAAUGAGAAUGGCACUCUUUUGGAUACGGGGAGGGGGAGAAGAGAGAAUGAGCCUGUCGUGGCUUUGGCUCCUGAUGGUGAGAGGAAAGUUGGUUUUAGAGCGAAUGAGAAUGGUAAUGGCAAUGGACAUGGAAUAUCUGCAGUUGCUCCUGUUCCUGAGGAGAAGGUGGAGGAGGGUGAUUUGGCCCAAGAGGAUGUGAAGGUCAAUGUGCAUGCUGAAGGGGAGGAGCCUGCAAAUGAAGGUGGAGGGUGGCAGGGAUCGUCUGGAUUGAAGUGUGGACUCAAAGAAAAUCCGGGUUUUGUAUCUCUUAUCUAUUAUGGCCUGCAACACUAUCUAUCGUUGGCUGGUUCUCUUGUAUUGAUCCCAUUAGUCAUGGUACCUGUCAUGGGUGGAACAGAUAAGGAUACUGCCACUGUAAUUUCUACAAUUCUGUUUCUUUCUGGCAUCACAACUAUACUGCACUCCUAUCUUGGUACCCGACUGCCCUUGGUUCAAGGGAGCUCAUUUGUGUAUUUAGCACCGGCAUUAGUUAUUAUUAAUUCUCAAGAAUAUCGGAAUCUUACUGAACAUAAAUUUAGACACAUAAUGAGGGAACUCCAAGGAGCUAUAAUUGUUGGUUCAAUAUUCCAAUGUAUCCUGGGAUUUAGUGGUUUAAUGUCUAUUCUACUCAGGUUAAUCAACCCAAUUGUGGUUGCCCCAACUGUUGCUGCUGUAGGUUUAGCAUUCUUCAGCUAUGGUUUUCCACAAGCAGGCACUUGCCCCGAAAUUACCAUUCCACAGAUAGCGUUGGUUCUAAUAUUCACUCUGUAUCUUCGGGGAAUAUCUAUCUUUGGGCGCCACUUAUUUCGAAUUUAUGCUGUUCCCCUGAGUUUGACAAUAAUUUGGAUAUAUGCAUCCUUUUUAACAGCUGGGGGAGCAUAUAAUUACAAAGGAUGUAAUCCAAAUAUACCAAGUUCAAACAUUUUGUUGGAUGCAUGUAGAAAACAUGCAUAUACCAUGAAGCAUUGCAGGACUGAUGUUUCCAAUGCAUUAUCUGCUGCUGCAUGGGUCAGAAUUCCUUACCCUUUACAGUGGGGAAUCCCUAUUUUCCAUUUUAGGACUUCCAUAAUCAUGGUCAUAGUAUCGCUGGUUGCCUCUGUGGAUUCAGUUGGAACUUAUCGUACUACAUCUAUGCAAGUUAAUUUGAGGCCUCCGACUCCUGGAGUUGUGAGCCGAGGAAUUGCACUUGAGGGUUUCUGUAGUAUAUUGGCUGGUCUUUGGGGUUCAGGUACUGGGUCAACGACUUUGACAGAAAACAUGCACACCAUUGACAUCACAAAGGUGGCCAGUCGGAAGGUAGUGGAAGUUGGAGCAGCUUUCUUGAUCCUUUUCUCACUUAUAGGAAAAGUGGGUGCCCUUCUUGCUUCCAUUCCGCAGGCCUUGGCUGCUUCUGUACUGUGUUUCAUGUGGGCGCUAACUGCAGCAUUAGGCCUCUCUAAUUUACAGUACAGUCAAUCAGGCAGCUUCAGGAACAUAACAAUAGUUGGCGUUUCAUUGUUCCUCGGUAUGUCCAUCCCUGCUUAUUUUCAACUAUACCAACCUGAGUCAAGUCUGAUUCUGCCUAGUUAUCUGGUUCCUUAUGCUGCUGCAUCAAGUGGGCCGUUCCAUUCAGGCAUUAAACAACUUGAUUUUGCAAUCAAUGCUCUUAUGUCCUUGAACAUGGUGGUUACUCUGCUGGUGGCAUUCCUACUGGACAACACUGUCCCAGGCAGUCAACAAGAACGAGGGGUGUAUAUAUGGUCGCGAGCCGAAGACAUUGCCACUGAUCCCUUGGUGCAAUCCGAAUAUUCACUGCCAAAGAAAGUAGCCCGGUGUUGUUGUUGGCUAAAAUGUUUGGGAGUCUAAUACUUGGCUCACUCUCACAUUUUAAUCCUGGUAACAGUUCUUCCACAAAAUGGUCACUCGUGGGAUAUGUCUAUUAUUCCUUGUUCUCUUCCGUGAGAGGCUUAGAAGAUAUUGCAGCUCACGAAGACAAAAGUAAAUACAAGGAUAUGUUAUAUGGCUAUAGUAAACAUUAAAUUGGGGGAGAUAGCGUUGAAACAUUAGU